UCUAUCUUGAUUGUUUGUAAAAUUCUGUUCAUAAAAUAAACAAUUUAUUUAUUGAUUAAUUAAUCAAUUAAUAAUUAUUAAACAAAAAAUAUUAUUUAAGAGCGAAGGAUAAUGAAAGGAGUAAAGCCAGUAGUUAAAAAAGUCACAAAAAUUAAUAGAGACUUGCUUACUUUAACUUACGGAGCCAUUGUAAGCUAAAUCGUUAAAGACACAGAUAAUAUUAAAGAAGCCAAUGAUUAACUUGAAAAAUUAGGUUUUGAUAUAGGUUCAAGAUUGAUUGAUGAAUUUGUAGCCAAAUCAGAAGGAAAAUUAUGUUAGGAUUAUAAAGAAAUGGCUAAUACCAUAGCAAAGGAAGGAUUUGAAAUGUUUUUAGGUGUAAAAGGUGAACUGCAAGAAUUAAAAGCUGACAGUCAUAAGGAUAUUUCUUUUAAUAUUGAGUUAAAUGAAAAUCCAUUGACAGAUUUUGUUGAAAUUCCAGAACAUUUAGCAGGUUUAUCAUAUAAUAACAUAAUAUGCGGAGCAAUCAGAGGUGCUAUAAAUAGUCUAUUGCUUAUAGGAAAAGUUUAUAUGAAAUCAGAUUAACUUUUAGGUGAUGAAAAAACUAUUAUUCGCGUUGAAUGUAAAAGGGAAAAAUUAAAAGACGAAGAUUGAUUGAUUUAUUUCUCAUUUAAAAACCAUAAAAUAUAUCCUAAAAAAUUGUAUUAAAUAGUAGAAAACUAUUUUAUACAAGCUUAUCCUCAUGAUAAGUAUUUAAUAAAAUAAAAUAUUUUAAAUUUAUUAAAUUGCAAACAACAAUAAUCUAAAAGUAAGUAAGUAUAUAUCAAUGUAUUAAGUUUUCAAAUCUCAACAAUUCAUAUUUUAAUAGAAAUUUAAGU